AUGUUCCUUGGACCCUUGGGACCCUUGGACUCAAGAACACAUCACCGUGCUUGGGGCUGUGCAGCCCAAUUCAAGACGAUGGAGUUAAUGGAAGAAGGUCGAACGCCUCUGGCGCCAGUGGCGCAACAGGAGUCCAAAAGGAUCACCCUCUUUCGGAUUCUGUUGUCGCUUUCAAUCGUGAUGGACGCCAUUCUGGUUAGUCCCACUUCUCAUGUGGUCACCCUUUUCCUUCCAAGUGGAUCAAUGGUGGAGCCAACAGGUGGCGGCCUGGAGCCUGGAUGCAUCGGUGGCGGAUUGGCUGAUGAUCGCCUGGCUCCGGGACGUGCUUGUGGCAGUGUUUUUCUCACUGGCAUGGAGGAAACAGGCCGGGCCCGUGCCCUUGGCGCUUUCCUUCGAUGCCGCGGCAUUGCCCUGUCUCGUUUCUGUCGUGGUUCGGAGACGCAUGGAGGGGAUGACAUCCACAAAGUGGAGCGCUUGGUCUGCGACUUCAGCGUCACCACAAAUGCCUUGGGCCCGGUGCCCUCAGCUUUGGCGGCGGUGCAGGAUCUGCUGCAGAGCACGCAGAGCACGCAGCAGAGCUGGAUGGCUCAAGAGGUGAUGAGUUCGCCGGCGGUGGAGCAUUAUCCACAACGGAAGGAUCAGGACUUGGAGGGGUUGGUGGCAAACUUCCUCAGGGCGCAAGGAGAAGAGGCAAAAAAGCAGUUGAUCUUUGGAAAUGGAGCAAGUGAACUCAUUGAUUUGCUGGCUCGUGCUGCUCCACAGGGUAAAUUUUGCCUCAAUCCAUCCACUGAAGUGCAGUACAGGGAGUACCAGCGUGCAUGCGGCAAUGCGGGGAGGGAAGAAACAAGCAAUCCGCAAGAGGCAUCAAUCAUUUGUUUGGUGAAUCCGAACAAUCCAACUGGUGAUUUCUUGGAGCGCGAGGAAAUGCAAGCGUGGAUCUCGGCCAAUGCAGCACCUGGUAGCUGGGUCUUGGUGGAUGAGUCCAUGCUCUUCUGGGCUGGACCAGACUUUCAGGAGCGCGGAGUGAGCGCUGAAUUUGUAGAUUCUAUGGUGAAGAAGCACAUCAACAUUUUCCUGGUGCAAUCGUGGACAAAGAUUUUUGCGUGCACUGGGCUUAGAAUAGGAACUGUCUUGUGCCCUACUCAAGAGAAGAGAGAUUAUUUGCUCUCUUUGCAAGUGCCAUGGUCCGUGACGGCUUUUGCCAGAGCCUACCUCAGGGCAGCCAUUCAAGACCGCAGUUACUUAGAAAGAACCUGGGAAGAAACCCCUGCUUGGCGCUCGCACAUGGUGACGCGCUUAAAGAGAUUACAUCCCUCCUGGCAAUUCCAUGGAAAGCCUUGGCUUUCGUGGAUUUGGAUUGACACUGGGAGUGCUGAAGUUGCGAAGGACGUCUACCACGCAGCCCUUGACUGCGGUUGCCCCAUUCGCCACGCUGCAUCCGGCUACGACAAAGCCAGCAUUGUGAGACUAGCUGUUCGCAGGCCCUAUGACUUCUCAGUUUUAUAUCAAGCCCUCCUGCGACGUGAGAGCAACAGUGCUGCCUUCAGUCAAACCACCUUUGGAACCUCUGCAGAUGUGAACCCUGAGGUCAUUUCUGGUGUCCGUUUGGUCCACAUCGAUGACCUACACCCCCAUGAAGAAGUGCUGACGGAUCGGGCGGACAAAUUGAAGAACUACGUCAGGGAUUUGCCUGUCAAGAUCUUGCCAGCUAUCAUCAUCGAUUCCCAAUAUGACGUGGUGAUCGAUGGCCAUCACCGCCUGGAGCUCUUCAAGGCUGCCGGCUUGACCAUCGUUCCAGCCGUCUCGGUGCACUAUGAGCACGCCGAUAUCUUGGUGAAUCCUCCGGGCCUGCGGCCAGAGGUGUGCAAGGAACACGUCAUCGGCACUGCCGUGAAGGGUAAGACCAUGGAACCGAAGACCACGCAGCACAUGGUGCGAUCGCGGGGAGGGGCGUGUCUGAUCCAUGGACAGAGGAUGCACGCUGGUGCCGUCGAGUGGUUGUGGCCGGGCGCUUAUCCGAGGGGAGCCAAGGGAGCCAAGGCCAAGGAAUCCUUGGAGGAAUUGCUGAAAUACUAUGCGGAAGUUGGAGAUGUGCAGAAUGCAGAGAAAACUUAUCAGAGCCUCCGGCGGCUGCUAGGGAAGGUGCAACAGAAGAGGAGAAUGUACCACAACACCUUGAUCAAAUCCUGCGCCAAUGCUGGAAACUUGCAACGGGCCGAGCAUUGGCUGCACCAGAUGGAGGAGUUGGGCAUCCAGCAGAACGUCAAGGGCUUCGGUAAGUUGAUGGAGGCAGCAAGCAAAGCCGGAAACUUACAAAAAGCAGAGGAGUACUUUGAGAAGCAAAGCCCCCAUGACCAGAUGAGCACAGGGGUCUACAACCUGGUCAUUGACGCAGCUGCGAAAAGUGCGAACUUGAACUCGGCAGUGGCUUGGUGGCGGAAGAUGGAGGAGAAAGGCCUCCAGCCCGACAGAUUAACGUAUCAAAAUCUUCUCACAGCUUGCAGCAAUGCAGCAGAUAGCAGUUCUGCCCUGGAAAUUCUCGACGAGCUGCAGAAAACUCGUGAGGUGCCCGAUGCAGUGAUGCGCAACACCGUGAUCAAUGCCUUGGGACGAAGCAGACAAGUGAUGAAGGCAGAUGAGAUGUUACGAAGCGUGUCCGAAGGACAGCUUCGAGUGGAUGCGAUUGCAUACACCAGCGUGCUGGAUGCUUGGGCAAGCUCUGGACGUACGGAGAAAGCACUGAAGACCUUUCGAGAGAUGAAGCAGAAGAGAUUGGAAAUGAACAGCCUCACCUACAACGCUUUGAUGAAAGCCUUCGCAAAGAAAGCGGAUUGGAAAGAAGCAGAGAAACUUUUGGCAGAGAUGAGCACAGCCGCAGUGAGUCCGACGGUCAUUACUUACAGCACUUUGAUGGAUGCAUUCGCUAAAGCCGGAAAGGCAGCCAAAGCAGAAGAGCUCUUGAGCCAAAUGAUGGUUUUGACAGUGCGACCAAAUGAGUUCAGCUACACUGCUUUGAUCGAUUCCUGGGCCGAAGCGGGGAAUGUGGAGAAAGCGGAGGCAGCUUUGGCUGAAUUGGGAAAAGUGGGUUUUCAGCCGAGCGUGCGGAGCUUCAAUGUACUUCUGAAAGCUUCCGCAAAACGAGGUGAUGUUCACAAGUCAAAGGAGAUUCUCCUAGCUAUCGGCACGAGAUCUCUUGAAGCAGAUAUCUACAGCUACAACUUGGUCCUGAAUGUGUGUGGGAAAAGAGGGAUGGCAUUGGAAGCUGAAACAAUUCUGGAAAAGUUAUUGACGAGUGGAGUUCAAGCAGAUGUGGUGAGCUACAAUUCGCUCAUCAAUGCCUAUGCCAAGGGGUCAGAUGCCACCAAUGCGUGCCAGAAACUGCAGGAAAUGCUUCAGAGCGAUCUCCAACCUUCAGCGAUCAGUUUCAACUCAGCACUGGACGCCUGCGCGAAAGCUGGAGAGGCACAGAGGUCCAGCGAGUUGGUGGAGGAGAUGAAACAGCUGCGCGUGAUGCCAGAUGCGUUCUCCUGCACCUCUUUGGUGAACGCCUAUGCCAAGACGGGGGAAAUUUAUGAAGCGCGUGCCAGACUGGAAGAGAUGAAGUGGUCGGAAGUGACUCCCAACGAGUUUGCGUAUCCUCUCCUAAUCUCCGCUUGCAAGAGACAGCACGAAGACGAGAUGGCCGAUGCCCUCAAGGAGGAGAUGAAUCAGCUGGGAUCCGCUCGACGCCAAGCCGUUGAGUCCCGGCCGCGGCCGCGGUCAUUCGAUGUCACUAAGGAGCACGAAAAGAGGCUAUUGCAGAUCAAGCGCCCAUCAGCAGGGAAAAAGGAGCGCGAGCGUGUCACGUUCCUCCUGGGUCUCUUUAGGACGUCCUUGCUGAACUGGGACGUGACAGAUGCCAGGAAGAUGUUCAUCCCCACAAUCUCCUGGGGUGCAUUGAUCAGCCUGGUGAUGCUACUGGUCUCGCAGCUAUACGUCAGGGCCUAUGCUCAGAAGGCGGCUGCAACUGAGGCCUUGAAUGCUCCAGAAGAGGCCGAAGCGGAGGCGGAGCACAGCCAGUACUCCUCGGCCUUGACCUUUCUGCAGACCGUCCGUGUCUUGAGACCCUACUUUUGGCCCACUUCUGGAAGGCCUUCAGAGGUGCUCAUGAAUCGAAUCCGUGCGUUGACCACCUGGCUCUGCGUGGUGCUUUCGAAGGUCUCCAACAUCAUUUCGCCCAUCUUCCUGGCCCGUGCCACCAACGCCUUGGCCUCCGCACUCACAACACGCAGCUUGGAGGUCACGCCCGAGAUUUGGUGGCCUUUGGUGGAAUACGCAGCCCUGGUCUUCGUAUCCAAAGCUUUGAAGGAAGCACAAUCCUUGGUCUACAUCAGGGUUCAGCAAGCUGCGUCGAUUGAAAUCGCGGACAACACCUUUGCUCAUCUUCACAGUUUAUCUUUGGAUUGGCAUUUGAGAAAGAAGAUGGGGCAAACGGUGCGUUCCAUGGACCGAGGAAUUCAGGCCGCGCAGCAGACGAUGCAGUACGUGGUUCUUUAUUUGAUCCCCACCUUAGUGGAAGCUCUGGCCGUGGCACUGAUUUUUGUCUUCCACUUCAAGAAUCUCCAGUUGGCAGUCUUCGUCCUUUUGAAUUUGAUUGCUUACAUGUAUGCAACCAUCAAAGUCACCCUCUGGAGGAAGAAGUUUCGGACAGCGACCACAAAGCAUGACAAUGACCUUCAUGACCGCCUCACGGAUUCGUUGGUGAACUACGAGACCGUGAAGUACUUCACUGCUGAAGACUACGAGCGAAGAGAGUACAGAUCUCUGGUGGCAAGUUACCAAAAGACCUCCAUGGCGACCCAGGCAUCGUUGUCAUUUCUCAACAUCUUGCAGCAGCUGAUUGUGAAUUUCACCCUCUGUGGUGGAAUGAUACUGGCCACACUUCGGGUCUUGCAGACCAACGGAAACCUCGGCGACUUCGUCGCGGUGAACACGUACAUCAUCAACGUCUUCACUCCAUUGAACUUCCUGGGGACCAUCUACAACAUGGUGGUCAACGCCAUCGUGGACAUGAAGAAUUUCGGCCAACUCUUGGCAGAAAAGUCCGAGGUCCAGGAUGUCCCGAACGCUCCAGCCUUGAAGCUGCAGAUGUCUCCGGACGUGCCCAUGGUGGCCUUUGAACAGGUGUGCUUUCACUACAGCAAGCAACCAUUGGGCCGGGCAAUCAAGGACGUGAAUUUCCGCAUCCCGCCGGGGGGCUCACUGGCGUUGGUGGGUACCACCGGGGCGCGGAAGACGACCAUCACCCGGCUGCUCUUCCGCUUCUACGAUGUGGUCUCAGGAUGUGUCAGGGUGAAUGGACAAGAUGUUCGGAAAGUCAGUCAAAAGAGCUUGAGAGCUGCCAUUGGGAUGGUUCCACAGGAUGUCGUGCUGUUUAACUCCACCAUUGCACACAAUCUGAGAUAUGGAAACGUGGACAAGGCGUCUGAGAAGGACAUCCAGAAAGCCGCGGUGGACGCACAGCUGGACGCCUUCAUUGAUCAACAAGCCCAGGGCUACGAGACCAUGGUGGGAGAACGUGGCUUGAAGUUGAGUGGGGGAGAAAAGCAGAGGUUGGCGAUCGCGCGCUGUCUGGUGAAAGAUCCACCCAUCGUGGUUUUGGACGAAGCGACCUCGGCGCUGGACUCGGAGACGGAGCAGAAGAUCCAAGAGGCCCUGCGGGUGCUGAGCGCCUCGCGGACCGUCAUAGCCAUUGCCCAUCGUCUGAGCACCAUCAGGGCCUACGAUGAGAUUUGUGUCUUGCAGAACGGAGAGAUUGUGGAACGUGGCAACCACGAAGCGUUGCUGAAUGCUGGUCAGAGCUACAGUAGCAUGUGGAAGAGACAAGCAGCGGGGAUCAUGGAAGACCCAGACAGUCCUCGAGAGGAGGAUCGAUGUCGAAAGAUGUCGAAAGGAUGGGGUGUGGAUAGAUGUUUCAUGAUUUUUCAUUGGAAUGGAGGAAGUAUGGUCAACACAAUGCAUCAUAAUGCAAUAAACCUCCGGUUUUUUUGA